UGAAACUGCGCAUAAUCCGAAUUUGCGAGAGCGACUGGUUUACUAAUGAAGGCGUUAUCUGGUCGAGUUCGUAUUCUCAAGAAUUCAAAACUGAAACUUCGCGUAGGAUUAAAGAAAAGGGAUGCAAUGACUUCAGAUUCAUCUAAAGAUAAAACUGAAGUUUUUCUAAGCGGGGUAGUUGAAGGUUUCUAUGGAAGACCGUGGACAUUUGAACAGCGAAAGGAGUUGUUCUUGAGAUUAAAGAACCUGGGGAUGAAUACUUACUUAUAUGCUCCCAAAGAUGACCUCAAACACAGAGCCCUAUGGAGGGACCUUUACAGUCCAGAAGAAACAGAAAAUUUGAAGCAGCUCAUUGCAUCAUCAAAGGAGUGUGGAAUAACAUUUUACUAUGCCUUGUCACCUGGUCUUGAUAUUUUGUUUUCAAAUUCAAGAGAUGUUCAGCUGCUCAAAAAGAAAAUGGAUCAGGUACAAAAGCUUGGAUGUGUGGCAUUCGCCUUGUUAUUUGACGACAUUGACCCACAGCUUCAUGGUGCUGAUCUUGAAGCAUUUACUUCAUUUGGAGAUGCUCAGGUGGAAAUCACCAAUAACAUAUACAAACACUUGAGAUGCCCAAGCUUUCUCUUUUGUCCAACAGAGUACUGUGGCACCAGAGCUGUUCCAACUGUAGAGACAUCUGAUUACCUCAUUACCUUGGGGAAUAAACUUAACCCGAAGAUAAACAUUAUGUGGACAGGUCCAAAAGUGGUUUCCAAAGUGAUUACCACACAAACUAUUGAGGCUCUUACAACAGUGCUUAAAAGGAAACCUGUCAUCUGGGACAAUAUUCAUGCCAAUGACUAUGAUCAGAGACGUGUCUUUUUGGGUCCGUACGACGGGAGGCCAGUUGAACUUUUCCCCUUGCUAAAUGGUGUACUGACCAAUCCUAACUGUGAGUUUGAGAGUAACUUCAUUGCUGUCCACACUCUAUCUUCAUGGCUAAGAGAUUCCUCCCUGCUCACUGCUGAAGAACCGAUGAGUAUUGAUUUAAAGGCUGAGAAAUCAAGUAGUUCGAGUGAACCUAUGGAAGAAGAUUUGCUUGCCAGUACUGAGAGUGAUAGAGAUGGCAAUUGUGAGAAAGAUGCUGAUCAAGGAGUUUCUCAAGAAAUCAGUUCUAGUGAAACAGAUAGUGAAAGUGUGAAGGUAGAAGGUGAAAUGGAGACAGAAAGUGCUACCUCAUUGAGUGAAUCUAGGAGCGCUACUGUACGUACCAGUUACAACCCACAGAAUGCUCUGCGAGAAGCUGUAUCUGCUUGGCUGGAAGAAUUUUCUAAAGUAAAACAUGCUACAUCCAGAACCUAUGCCAAAAGUGGUGCCUACAGUAUGACACCUGAGGCUAUGCCAAUUUCUGUGCAAGCACCUAUUGGGACAUGUCCAACUUCACAUACAAAUGUUACUACCACUGUGUGCUCACCUGUAGUGACUCCUUCACCAAUAAAGGUGGCAAAGGAAAACAGUAGGAAAAAGCUUAGCACUUCUUCGGCUUCAGAAAAGAAAGAUGAAGACACUGAAAAGAAAGAGCAGGAAAUGCCAAUGGAAAUAAGUGAACCAAAGGAGAAACCUGCUUUGACACCACUGAGUGUCGAGGACCUUCUGUUGCUGGUAGAUUUAUUCUACCUACCAUACAAUCAUGGGCAGAAAGCCAAACAGAUCAUAACUGAUUUCAAAUGGCUCAAGUUCAAUGCAAUUAAGGAAGAUUCACAAGACUUCAUGGAGCUUACUGAACAAGAGCAGAAAUCUAAGAUAACAGAAUGGAAUGACAGAGCUGAGAAGUUCCACGAAAUCUGUCGGUCAGUAGGAGAGAUGUUUGUGAGACUAACAGAAACAUCCAAUAGAGCACUACUGUAUGACCUCUAUCCAUAUGUCUGGGAUGUAAAGGAAGUCUUGCAGUUGCUCGACACAUUUGUAAAUUGGCUGAGCACAAAGAACAAGAGGAGGAAGCAAAAAGGGCAAAGCUUUUACCCAGAAGAUCCUGAACCUUGGGUGUUUAGAGGAGGUUUAUGUGGAGAGCUGCAGAGACUGUUACCUAUUGAUGGAGGACAUGAAGUGUUCAACGUGAGAGCCCCUGAAAUUCCCACUACGCGUAUCUACACAAUCAGACCAUACCAGACAGAAGAUGAGAAAUCCUUGUAUGAAAUUUGUGUUGCAACGUGUGAUGAUUGGGAAGAUGGGCAUGAUUUAUUUCCUGACAAACAAUUCAACAUGGCAGGAGAUAGGUUUGUUGGUCCAUACCUGAGGAUCUGUCCUGAACAUGUGUUCGUGGUGGAGGAUGGAGAUGGUAUCUGUGGCUAUGCAGUGGCGGCUCCUGAUUCAAAACACUUUUAUGAGCAGUUUAAGAAACACUGGCUUCCUGAGGUUUGCAAGAAAUACCAAAAGCCACACGGAAAUUCAUCAGAGUGGACAUAUGCAGAACAACUGGCCAAUAGUUUUCACAGUCCAAAGAUAUUUCUUCCUGAAGACUUGGCUUUAAAGUUCAGCGCCCACGUACAGUUAUACCUUCUUCCUCGUGCACAGAACCUUGGUCUUGGCAAGCGCCUGUUAGCCUGUGUUCUGUCGGCGCUGAAGGCUGAAGAUUGCACAGGGGUGCACUGUGAGAUUGCGACCACAAACAACAACGCUCUGGACUUCUACACCAAAUUAGGAUUCUAUAAUAUUCCACUCAAGGAACCAGCGCCUCCGGACACUGUCAUCUUCGGCAGAACAUUUUAAGCAAAUGUUCCUUCAGUUAAUCACUGACCUACUUUGUGUUUCUUGUAUGCAAGUUAAAUCGUGAAGGAAUAGCCUUUUAAGUUUAGGCAAGUGCCUUAUUGCAGAACAAAAUUGUGCGAUAUCUUCCUAUGUUGUCGUGUAGUGGGUUGUUUCAUUUUUAAAUACUGUAGUAAGUUUAAUUACUUGUUGCAUUAAUGUAAUUAUGUCCAGUUGUUGUUGUAAAACGUUAGGUCUAUGUUAAUGUAACAUAUUAUUGUUCUGCGGAAACGCAGUACUUUGUACAGUGUAUGUGAUGAUCUCUGCUGUAUUAUGGAAGAAAAAACAUAGGCAGAAAAUUUUAGAAAAAGUUUAAAAUAUCGAGUCGGUGCUCGCGCCGUUCACGACUUGUACGGAGAGAAUUUUUUUUAUAAAAUUACUCUUUUACAAAAAAUUAUAAAAUAUUUAAUUUAGCAAUUUAAGGUUAUGCCGACCUAAAUUUGAAGAUACUUGUGUAUCAUGUAGAAUUGAGUGGUAGUCGGGGCUCGCUAUAUUUAAGGUUAUUCCCCAGUAUUGCAUUGCGCAUCCCUACUGCGCAUAAUUUCAUGCGUGAUUAGCGCGCGCG